GAUGGAUUCAGACACAGUUGUUUUCAACUCGCCCUUCUGACAAGUCGUGUGUUGUCUAGUGAUUGGAGUUGUUUUCUUUGGGAAUUUCUACAUAACUUUCACAGCAAGAGUUAAGUAAGCUACCUUGCCAGUGAAAAAAAAAAGAAAUAAUCUCAGGUAUCUGGUGCACGGUGUCAGUGUCAAUGAUCAGUUUCUUCUAUCUCUCUGAGGGUUGUUCCGAGCCGCCGCUGACGUAUCGAAAACAGGUUCAACGAAUCUAUGAACUUCUGCAAAUCAACUGGUUUGGCCAGCAGACAAACCAGUCGCGAUUUUGUCCUAUCGAGGAAAGUCCAAGAGAAUAUAGCAUGAGCGAACAGUUUUGCCCAAAUUAGCUCGCAUAGCGUUUCACGAGUGAAUUGUCUAGUCUUUUUGCCACCUGAGAAAAGAAAGUGCAGUGUGUGUUGCCGAAUUGAGUGUUCGAUUAUCAUUGCGGGGAUACAUAUCAGAGAUUCGUGAAAGUUGAUUACAUUUUUUGUUACGUAAAAAUUCGGCCGCAAUAUGUUGUCCACGUUAUUCCGUGUUGGUGGGUCUUCGCUGCAGGCCAUCGCCAAUCGUCAGCUGAUCCGGUCUUCGGAUAAAAUGGUGUCCGGGCUUCCGGUCGCCCAACAGGCCAGGGCCAUUUCCAAGAGCAGCGAGGUCAACAAUUCGGAUUACAUGACCAUUCGGGGUGAGGAACAACCGCGGAAGGCUAGCCGCGACUAUCACACAAAAAUGCAGAUAAGACUGAAAAAGGUUUCGAGAACUCUCUCUACGCUGAAUUUCUCGGUGCCGGAAGCGGCCCAGCACACGGCGGUUUCGAAAAGCGAAAGCCGCGAAUUCAUGACAGUGUUCCCCGAUCUAGUCCGUGAUCUGACUGAGUAUGCCCGAAAGUAUGGAAAUUCGGUGGCAGAAAAAUGGUUUGCCCGCGCUCUCCAGUACAACGUGCCACAGGGCAAGAAGAACCGCGGUCUUGCCGCCGUAUUGGCCUUCCGAAUGUUGGCAAAAAGCGAAGAUCUCACCCCCGAAAACAUUCGACGAGCACACUAUCUCGCCUGGUGCAUUGAAAUGUUCCAAUCAAUGUUCCUGAUUUGCGACGACGUAAUGGAUGGCAGCGCAACUCGGCGGGGACAACCGUGCUGGUACAAAGUGGAUGAUGUCAAGCUCAUUGCCAUAAACGAUGCUCUCAUGAUCGAAUCCGGCAUUUUCUACGUACUGAAGAAGCAUUUCGGCAACGAGCCCUACUACACGAGAUUGGUCGAAAAGUUCAAUGAAAUCAAGUUCAUCACCACUGUUGGACAGUCGCUGGACCUGCAAUCGGCCAAGCUGGAUGUAACCCAUUAUACCAUGGACCUGUACAAUGCAAUCGUUUCCCAUAAGACUGCUUACUAUACUUUCUAUUUGCCGGUGGCACUGGCUAUGAAUAUGACUGGUUUCACCGAUCCGGAAGUGUUCCGCCAAACCAGAACCAUUUUGCUGGAAAUUGGCCGCUUCUACCAGGCUCAGGAUGAUUUUCUGGAUUGCUUCGGUGAUCCCGCGGUGACCGGUAAAAUCGGUACCGACAUUGAGGAAGGAAAGUGCACCUGGUUGGCAGUGGUGUGUAUGCAGCGGGCCUCCGAAGAGCAGAAGGAAAUCAUGAAGGAAUGUUACGGUUCGAGUGAUCCAGAGAAGGUCGCACGUGUGAAGAAACUGUAUGAAGAAUUGGGUCUGCCCACAACUUAUGCAAUCUAUGAGGAAGAAUCGUACAAAAUGAUCAAAACACACAUCCAACAAAUCUCCCGAGGGCUUCCGCAUGAACUCUUCUUCAAGAUUAUGGAGAAGAUUUAUAGACGAGAUUGUUAAGCAUGCUCACAUUUGAAAAGAGCCCGUUAAUUCCGUUGAUUUAGCAAUACUAACCCAAAAACCUCUACUAUGUAGUUCUGUGUAGCUCAUGUAGUCACAGAUUCAGCAAACAUUUUUCUACCAGUAUGUUAAAGCGAUAGAUGGAUUGGUUUUGGUUUGGGUUUUUAGAAAAUCCAGACCAAAACUAUUACAAAUUAUAAUUAUCGAAUACUUAUAUGAUUAUUGUCAAAUUAAAAAAAAACCAUUGUGAUGAGAGUCGUGUUUAUUUUCCGAAUGUAAUUGAUUUUUGGACUUAAAAGUGAGGAAAAGUAUAUGUUGUUCAUGACGCAUUUAAAUUUUGUCAAAAGAAACCUUGAAUUCAUUAUACAAAUAACUUUUAUAACCGAAUCACUUGUCUGGUCUAGCAGCAUCAUGUAAACAAAUUAGUUUCAGUGAAACACUUAUUCAUUUAGAACUAAACCCGAACAAUAAUUUUGAUGAGAAUAGAUGUAGAACUCCUAUAUUUAAGAAUGAAAGCUAACUGAAAAAAUAAAGUAAAAAUAAAUAAAAGUAUGUAACAAAAA